CAAUAAUUGAUGAAACAAUAUGUGAAGCAAAGUCAUUCAACCAAACACAUUAUUUGGUUCCUGCAAGAAAUAGUUAAGUUUCAAAACCAUGAUCAACAACAAAGUAACCAUUCUUUUAGUUCUUAUGUGUUUCAUCAUUGCUGUUUUUUGUUCUGAUCCUGAUCCAGUUAUGGAUUACUGCAUAGCCAAAUCAGAAGACAACAAAUUCAGUUGCAAAAACUCAUCCACAGCAACAGUUGAAGAUUUCACCUUUUCAGGUAUAAAACUACCAGGAAACUUCAAAGAUACUGGAUUUUCUUCAAUGGGAGUGAAUUCAAAUGUGUUUCCAGGUUUAAACACUCUUGGAGUUUCAUUUGUUAGAGCAGAUUUUGAUGCUGGUGGUGUUAAUGUUCCUCACUUUCAUCCAAGAGCAACAGAAGUUGCUAUUGUGUUGGAGGGAAAAAUUUAUUCAGGAUUUGUUGAUACCAAGAACAAGAUUUUUGCUAAAGUUUUGGAGAAAGGUGAGGUUAUGGUUUUUCCAAGAGGACUUGUGCAUUUUCAGAUGAAUGUUGGUGAUGUUCCUGCUACUAUUUUUGGUAGUUUUGAUAGUCAAAAUCCUGGUUUGAUGAAAAUUCCAAAUGUUGUUUUUGGAUCUGAGAUUAAAGAUGAGCUUUUGGAAAAGGCUUUUGGACUUAAUUCUAAGGAGCUUUCUAAGUUAAAGAAGAGGUUUUCUCCAAGCUAAAUUUCUUUUUUUAAUGUUGAGAAUUGUUAUUUUAGUUUUUAUAUGUAUUUUUGAAAAGUGGAAUAGAUAUAAAUACAUACGAUUUCACCGAUCAUAUCGGUAUUUAGAUGUUGAAAUAACACAUUUAUUUUAUGUUUAGUAACGGUGAUUCAAUCUUCAAUGAAAACAACGACGAUUGAAAAGUGAAAUCUAAGUUAAGACCACAUUAUACAUGGUAAAAGAAAUUAUAUAAUAUUUUUGUAUAACAUUUCUCGUGACCAGUUGAAAACAUCCCAUUAGUGGAAAGUUAUAAGAUUGAUUUGCAGUUAAUUGUUUUAA